CCUCUCUCGCCCCCAUGUUCCAUCAAUCAUCUUGACACUUAUUUCCUCCAUUACUGUCACUUUGUCUCUUCGGUAUUUUGGCCUAGACGGAGCAUAUUCCGCCACAACAUCCCUCUCCCCUUUCUUUUCUUCACCUCUUUUGGCCUUUUCUGCUAAAUACUCCGCAUCUUCUUUCAGCUCCCACCGCCCUCGAUCAACUUCACACAGAAAACCUUCAGUUUUGAACUGGGUAUUGUGGGUUUUUCUUGAUAAAGUUAGAAGCUUGAAGAGAUUCUCAAUCAGUUUCUGUAAAGUUCUGAUCUUUGCUAGCUACCCAUUGUCAUUUCAUCAUUUCUUUUUCUAUUUCUCCUGCGGAUCUUGAUUUUCUUUUGUUGUAGGUUAUAAACAUGGAAACUUCUGGAAAGGCCACUGUCACUGAUGUGACUUCUAAAUUGGAUGUGCUACCCAAGGUUCAGGCCGUUGCUCAUCCAUUGGCCGAAGAUCCAUCAGAGAUAGCAUCCAAUAUCAGUUAUCAUUCUCAGUACAGCCCUCAUUUUUCGCUAUUCAAGUCUGAUCCAGAGCAAGCAUACUAUGCAACUGCUGAUAGUGUUCGCGACCGAUUGAUCAAACAAUGGAAUGAUACAUAUCUCCAUUACCACAAAGUGAAUCCAAAGCAAACCUACUACUUAUCCAUGGAGUAUCUCCAAGGAAGAGCUCUAUCAAAUGCAAUUGGAAACCUAGACGUUCAAGGCGCCUAUGCUGAUGCUCUGAACCAGCUUGGACACAAACUUGAGGAGGUUUCUGAGCAGGAGAAAGAUGCAGCACUGGGAAAUGGUGGGUUGGGAAGGCUUGCUUCUUGCUUUCUUGAUUCCAUGGCAACCUUAGAUUUGCCAGCUUGGGGUUAUGGUUUGAGAUACAAAUAUGGACUUUUCAAGCAACACAUCACGAAAGCUGGACAAGAGGAGGUUGCUGAAGAUUGGCUUGAGAAAUUCAGUCCCUGGGAAGUUGUAAGGCAUGACAUUGUCUUCCCUAUCAGAUUUUUUGGUGAGGUUCAGGUUGAUCCUAGUGGCUCGAGGAAAUGGGUUGGUGGGGAGGUCAUACAGGCAGUCGCAUAUGAUGUUCCAAUCCCUGGGUAUAAAACAAAGAACACUAAUAGUCUUAGACUUUGGGAAGCCAAAGCUAGUGCAGACGACUUAAACUUAUUUCAAUUCAAUGAAGGGCAAUAUGAGUCUGCUAUACAGCUUCAUUCUAAGGCUCACCAGAUUUGUGCUGUCCUUUAUCCUGGGGAUGCAACAGAAAGUGGAAAACUUUUAAGACUUAAACAACAAUUUUUGCUGUGUAGUGCGUCGCUUCAGGACAUCAUAUCCAGAUUUAAGGAGAGGAAUGAUGGGAAGGGUGCCCUUGAUUGGUCUUCCUUCCCCUCUAAAGUGGCAGUACAGCUGAAUGACACACAUCCAACACUCGCGAUUCCAGAGCUAAUGCGUUUAUUAAUGGAUGAUCAGGGUCUUGGAUGGGACGAAGCAUGGGAUAUAACCACUAGGACGAUUGCUUAUACGAAUCAUACAGUCCUUCCUGAAGCACUUGAAAAAUGGUCACAAGUAGUCAUGUGGAAACUCCUUCCACGACAUAUGGAAAUCAUUCAAGAAAUUGACAAGCGGUUUAUUGCAAUGGUACAAGCAGAGAACCCUAGUCUUGUGAGUAAGAUAUCUGGCAUGCGGAUUUUGGAUCAGAAUCCCGAGAAACCUGUUGUGCGCAUGGCUAACUUGUGUGUCAUCUCUUCACAUACAGUGAAUGGUGUUGCACAGCUACACAGUGAUAUUCUGAAGGCUGAAUUAUUCACCGACUAUGUCUCCAUCUGGCCCGCCAAAUUCCAGAACAAAACCAAUGGCAUAACACCACGCCGAUGGCUAAGGUUUUGCAACCCUGAGCUGAGUCAUAUCAUCACCAAGUGGUUAAAAACUGAUGAGUGGAUUACAAAUCUCGAUUUACUCGCUAAUCUGCGGCAGUUUGCAGAUGAUGAAGAACUCCAUGCUGAAUGGGAAAAAGCCAAGAUGGCGAACAAGCAGAGGUUGGCGGAGUACAUACUGCGAGUAACUGGCGUGAGCAUUGACCCGAAUACUCUGUUUGACAUACAAGUCAAGCGCAUCCAUGAAUACAAAAGGCAGCUUCUAAAUAUAUUGGGCGUAGUCUAUCGCUACAAGAAACUGAAGGAGAUGAGACCGGAAGAGCGUAAGAGUACAACAGCACGAACUGUCAUGAUUGGCGGGAAAGCAUUUGCAACCUAUACGAAUGCAAAACGAAUCAUCAAACUUGUGACAGAUGUUGGGGAUGUUGUGAACAGUGAUCCCGAGGUCAAUGCCCAUCUGAAGGUAGUUUUUGUACCCAAUUACAAUGUUUCAGUGGCAGAAAUACUUAUCCCGGGGAGUGAGCUCUCGCAGCACAUCAGUACAUCAGGCAUGGAGGCUAGUGGAACUAGCAAUAUGAAAUUCGCCCUCAACGGAUGCCUAAUCAUAGGAACACUGGAUGGGGCUAAUGUAGAAAUCAGAGAGGAAAUUGGGGAAGAAAAUUUUUUCCUUUUCGGUGCAAGAGCUGAAGAAGUGCCUCAUCUGCGCAAACAGAGAGAAAACGGUCAGUUUAAACCGGAUCCUCGGUUUGAAGAAGCAAAACAAUACAUAAGAAGUGGAGUAUUUGGGAGCUAUGAUUAUACUCAACUGCUCGACUCGUUGGAAGGGGAUUCGGGUUAUGGUCGUGGUGAUUACUUUCUUGUUGGUCACGACUUCCCAAGCUACCUUGACGCACAGUCAAGGGUUGACCAAGCUUACAAGGACAGGAGAAGAUGGAUAAAGAUGUCGAUACUAAGCACGGCGGGCUCUGGGAAGUUUAGCAGUGACCGAACCAUAUCUCAGUAUGCAAAUGAUAUUUGGAACAUUGGAGAGUGCUCUGUUCCAUGAUAUGCUCACUCUUCUUCUUCUUCUUCUUCUUCUAUACCCACUUUUUUAUCAGUCUGAAUGAAUAAUCACCAGAAUGUAUGCUGCUUUGCAUAUUCCUGUGUACAGUGUGGAUUUAAUAAAUCUCCCUAUGUUAAAAUGAUCUUUUUACAAAAGUCAUUUACUACACAUGCUCUGCAUAUUAUUCAUGUGUGUAUAGUUGUUUAGAGAACUGGUUUCAACAAAUAAAUGUCCAUUACUCAUUAGUAGCUAAUGCUGCUGGCUAAGGCUUUGUCUCGGAAUAACGUACGUGAUUAGCGUUCACAUUAAUAGAUAAUUUUGUAAUGG